CGCUCGGGGGAAACUAGGCCGCCCCGGCCGCCAGAGCCUGCGGGGAGCUGGCCACGCUGGCACGAGUUCAUCUAGCUCGCCGCGCUCGGGCUCACCGUCAUCAGUUCUUACACUCACCUCGACGGGUAGGGACGGACGCACUCAGCCCUCGACCCGUCCCGGCCUCGGAAGUAAAAAUCAAGGAGCUCCGGCCCCGGGACGAACCCGCCUCAGAAACCUUUCCCGGCGGAAUCCUUCGGCCAUGGCCCCGCCCCCGCCACUUCCGCCACGCACCCAGAGGGCCCUCCCCGACGCCGGAAGUCCCGCGGCCCUGCUUCCGCGCAAUCCUCUCCCACCCCGCCGCGGAGGAGAGGACCUGCUUCCGGCCCCGUGUGGGUGCCGGCUCCGCUCGCCGUGCGUUCCCGAGCGCUGUUCUGGGAGCUUCGUUUCCCCGGACGCCGGUGUCGGAAGCUCGGGUCGCGGCUGCGCCAGGAGAGCGCCGGUCCGGGCGCUAGGCUCGUGCGGGGCCAUGAACGGGACCGCGAACCCGUUGCUGGAUCGCGAGGAACACUGCCUGCGGCUUGGGGAGAGCUUCGAGAAGCGGCCGCGGGCCUCUUUCCACACCAUUCGCUAUGACUUUAAGCCAGCAUCUAUAGACACUUCCUGUGAAGGAGAGCUUCAGGUUGGCAAAGGAGAUGAAGUCACAAUCACACUGCCACAUAUCCCUGGAUCCACACCACCAAUGACUGUGUUCAAGGGGAACAAACGGCCGUAUCAGAAAGACUGUGUGCUUAUUAUUAAUCAUGACACUGGUGAAUACGUGCUGGAAAAACUCAGUAGCAGCAUUCAGGUCAAGAAAACAAGAGCUGAGGGGAGCAGUAAAAUCCAAGCCCGGAUGGAACAGCAGCCCACUCGUCCCCCACAGCCAUCUCAGCCGCCGCCGCCGCCACCACCGCCUGUGCCAUUCAGAGCUCCGACAAAGCCUCCAAUUGGACCCAAAACUUCUCCCUUGAAAGAUAACCCCUCACCUGAACCUCAGCUGGAUGACAUCAAAAGAGAGCUGAGGGCGGAGGUUGACAUUAUUGAGCAGAUGAGCAGCAGCAGUGGGAGCAGUUCCUCAGACUCCGAGAGCUCGUCGGGGAGCGAUGACGACAGCUCCAGCAGUGAGGGUGAGGACACCGGCCCGGUGUCCCCCCCACAGCCUGCCCUCCAGCAGCCCUCCAGCGGCAGGCCGGCCGUCGCCAACGGGACCAGCCGGCCACAAGGAAGCAACCAGCUCAUGAACACUCUCAGAAAUGACUUGCAGUUGAGUGAGUCUGGCAGUGACAGUGAUGACUAGAGCCGGAUCUUUCGAAAUCUUCUCGGUGCACAGAUCUGCUGCCGGACUGGGCCACGCUCGCACGGAGCCCACUGCCGAGAGGGACGCGCUGUGCAUCCGUGACUGUAGUGGGAGCGUGAGGCUCUGGAGGUCUCCGAUACUCAAGUCUUUAACUUAGUGGUGAUGGGUGAUUUUUCCUGUAAUUUUUGAACAAUCUCAUGUUGCAAAGUAGAUCUGUAGAAGAACUAACAGAAUUACAUUUCUAUUUGGUUAACGCUGUUAAUGAAAAACAGACAAAUGUGCGCUGGUCUAGGUUACUCAAAGGCCAUAAUCUUAACCAGGCCAGUGAUUCAGUUGUAAACCUCAGCAGCCACCAGUUUGGCCAAGUGGUCUGCGUCAGUGAAAUGACACCUGGUCUUUGAGGGGUGGAAGAGAGAGGGAGACCUCAAACUGCCGCAUAGAAGUAUUUUAAAACCACUUUAAACUGUUGAGACGAAGUGGUGAGGAAGUUUUGUCUGACCCAGCCUGACAAGCCUGUGUAGAAAUGGACUUGGGGAGGGAGUCCUAGAGUGCCUGCUGGGCAUGACCCGGCACUCCGCUAGUUCAGCCUCCUCACUCACAAAUAAGGAGAGAGAGCAGCGCGCAGCAGCUGGUCCAUGGCCCUCCUCUGGCUUCCCGCCGCCCCGCUGUGCCUGCUGCUCCGCCCUUGAAGCUCAGUAACUGGAGCCGGAGAUCCUCAUUCAUGGGACUUCACUCUUAUUGGAUUCCAAAAGACAAAGUGUUGGGUACUUCUGGCUCAAAUUCAGAUCCAAAAAGUCCCUAAAUACAUGAGGCUGGGUGAGCAGAUUAAACCAGCAGCCACUGGCUGACACAUGAGAUUCAGUGAAAUUGGGACUUUUAAUUCCACGUAGAUCCACGCUGAGUGUUCUCCGUUCAGUGAAUUUCAGUGGGGGUGUGGGAGUGGGAGAGAGGCGUAGUGAAGGAACCUUUCUGAACAGAAGAACCAGCAGCAGAAUCUAGAUAGGAGUUCUGUAAUAUGAAAGGAGCACAUUCUUAGGUAAGGUAUUUCUCUUCAUGCCUUUGUACCACUGUUUGUGCCUGACUCCCAGACUGACUUGUAUUUUUGAUUAACAACUAGAAGAAAGUCACGAGAUUGCCUUUUGCAGUGGGCAGUUUCCAGAUGAAUCUGUUGUUACAGGAAACUGGUCACUAGUAAAUGUUCCAUAUUGAGUGGAUGAGUGAUAAAUGAUCCUGUGAUUGGAAUGGAGUAGCCUAUUUCUGUAAUUUGAAUGGAUACAAUUUGAAUGUCCUGAGAAAUUCCCAUUUACUUUGGCUCAGUGAGUAUCCAGAACAUGGAAAAUGACUUUCUUUCCUUGGGUUCUUCCACUGAAAGACGGCCUCUGCUUCCCCAGCUAGCGGGUGGAAGCAGUCUGGACCUAGAAAGGAAUUAGAUGAUUCACGGUGGGGGCUUUGGUGAGAGGUGCACCUUAUGGAGUCACCUGUUCCGUGCGCAGCGGCUCCCGUGGGCCAGGAGCCAUCAUCCAGCACGCAUGCGUACCGCCCCCCAAGUAUGGGUCACUGGGACACACUGGCACUCUGUGGUGGCUUCUCAGCCCAUCACGAGGUUUCAGUGGAUUUAAUGGCAGGUAGGAAUUUCUUCAUAAUGAAUUGAUAAUUGCUUUAUAAUUCCUUGCUAAUGACGGCUCAGGGAAGGUAAAGGUCAUGAUUGGGAGACUUGAAUUGUUACUGGAUGUGGGGAAUUGUUUCACUGCUCUUAACUUGCUCAAGCUGGGGCAGGUUCCAGGAACUUGAACUAAAAAUAUCUAUUUAAGCCUC